AUGAUCACAGCGAGCGAGGUCUCCUCACUGGCUGAAUCGCAGGCCCAUUUCAAGGCUGUGAAACCUUGGUGGGAUGUUCUCAUGGAUUAUCUCCUCAUUAUCAUGAUCAUGGUCUCCUUCUUCUCUGCGACACUCCUACUCACCAUGGAUAAAGUUGUAUGCAUGCCGAAGACUAAGAAUCCUCUGAAGAGCACAUCAAGUGCUUUAGAUGGAGCACCUGUUCCAAAAGAAAUCGGCCACUUAACCAACUUAGACAUCCAGCAGUACACAUAUGUAAGUGCUGUUUGUUACCACAAAGUAGUUCCUUGGCAGUCCAAAUAUUCUCCAUACAUGGCUCUCAUCAACACAUUGCUGCUGCUGGCCAGCAGUAACUUCUGGUUUAAGUACCCUAAAACAUCCUCCAAGGUUGAGCAUUUUCUUUCCAUCUUGGCCAAAUGCUUUGAGUCACCAUGGACUACCAAAGCGCUUGAGGAAACCAGUGACCAAGCUCCUCCAGAGUAUAAACCUCAAAAGUACAGCUCUACCCGUUCCAUAGACUACUCCCCGAGAACACCGAUGCUAAAUGAAACGCUGUUUCCUUCUAUGCAUCUACCAUUCUCUGCGAUAUUGGAUAAAAAGGAAGAAGAGCAGGCUAAGGCUUUGUUUGAGAAGAUACGCCAUUUCCGGGCCCAAGCUGAGGACUCUGAUGUUGUGUACAGAGUUUACGUUGGGCAGACUGUUUUUAAAGUGCUUACAGUGGUGAUAGUUCUUGGGUACACACUCAGCUUGGUAGGAUCAUUCAGCUUCCGUCAUACUUGCAAGCCUUGUAUACAGAAUCUCAUGGGUUAUUCUGUGUUUACUUGCACCCACAACUUGGCAUAUAUACUUGAAAAACUAUUACUGUCUUACAUUUUGCUCCUCUCCCUGUAUGCUGUCCUUUCAAUUCAUGCAUUGUUUUGGAUAUACAGAAGGUCACUCAAAGUGUACUCUUUUGAAAAUAACAGUGACGGAGAUGGUUUUGGAGAUAUACCCGAUGUCAAGAAUGACUUUGCCUUUAUGUUACACAUGGUUGACUGCUACGAUACAUUGUACUCAAGAAGAUUCUCUGUGUUCCUCUCAGCUAUGAGUGAAGGGAGGCUCAGAGAGCUAGCACUCAAUUCCGAGUGGCCAACUGAAAAGCUGAGAGCUCUAGUCAGCAAGGACAGCAGAGGGCGCUUUGAGCUUCAACUGUCAAUGACCCCGGCAAUACCAAAGGCUGUUUAUGAACUGACCGAGGUUCAAGUUCUCAAGCUGGAGUUGAUCUCAUCUGCAAAAUUUGUAGGAGCGGUGUCUCAAUUGAAGUAUCUGUCUGAGCUUCACAUCAGCCACUGCUCAGUGAAAAUGGACCCUGAUGCAUACCAUUUUUUUCAGGAGCGUUUGAAAGUCCUUCAUAUUAGAUUCACAGACAUCGAGGAGCUUCCAUCUUGGAUGUAUAGUCUAAAGAACCUAAUCGAACUGCAUCUUUACGGCAACCUCAAUUGUUCCAACAACAAGUCUAUCCGCUUACAGUCCCUGCGUGGCCUAACUGGCCUCAGAUCUCUUUCUCUGACAAGCAAUUUGUCCCAUAUACCAUCGGCAGUGCUUGAUGUGGCUGGGCAGCUGAGCACGCUGAGCAUACAGAAUGGAGACACUGAACUUAGUUCGCUAGCCCAUUUGAAAAAAAUGAACCGCCUGCUUGUGCUUAAAGUCUGCCACUGCAAGAUUUCAAAACUCCCCGGUGUAUUACCUGACUUAUCAAGUUUGCAGUCUAUCGAUCUGACAUCAAAUCUGCUGCAGGCUGUUGAUGAACUGGGAACACUUCAGCGCCUCCGAAAUCUGAUCAUCUUAAGACUGUGCCAUAAUGCUAUCUGUCACCUUCCGCCAUCUCUUGAGCUUCUGCGAAAUCUAGAAGAGCUGUCUAUUUCUCACAAUAAACUAGAGACAUUGCCAGUAUCGAUUCUUAACCUUGUUAAGCUAAAACAUUUAGACGUUAGCUGCAAUCGUAUUAGAUUUAUUCCUCCAGAAAUUGGUCAUUUAACACGUCUGGAAAUGUUGGCAAUUACUUCGAACCAAAUAUCUUUCCUGCCUCAUGAGCUGUUCCGCUGCACUAGGCUCAAGUUCCUGCAUGCGGGUUACAACAAACUCUCCAGUUUAGCACCUGAGGUUGGACAGCUGCCUCUACUGUCCAGCUUGGAGCUCAUGGGCAACAGCCUGACAUCCUUGCCAAAGGAGAUUGCCGACUGUUUACAGCUGAAAAAAGGAGGACUUGAGGUGGACGAACAUGUCCUGGAGAAUUUACCUCUGGAGUUAAAAAAAAGAUACUUGUAAAUGUUUUGUCACAAAUUAACGGCUUAAGGGGGUCAUUCCGAGUUGUUCGCUCACUAGCUGCUUUUAGCAGCAUUGCACACGCUAAGCUGCCGCCCUCUGGGAGUGUAUCUUAGCUUAGCAGAAGUGCGAACGAAAAAUAAGCAGAAUUGCGAAUAGAAAUUUCUUAGCAGUUUCUGUGUAGCUCCAGACUUACUCAGCCAUUGCGACCAGCUCAGUCCUUUUUGUUCCUGUUUUGAAGUCACAAACACACCCAGAGUUUGCCCAACCACUCCCCCGUUUCUCCAGCCACUCCUGCGUUUUGCAUCUCGAACGCCUGCGUUUUUCCGCACACUCCCAUAAAACGGCCAGUUUCCGCCCAGAAACACCCACUUCCUGUCAAUCACACUACGAUCAGCACAGCGAUAAAAAAGCUUCGUUAUGCCGUGAGUAAAAUACCUAACUUUUGUGUAAAAUAACUAAGCGCAUGUGCUCUGCGAACCUUGCGCAUGCGCAGUAAGCGACUAAUCGCAGUAUAGCGAAAAUCGGCAACUAGCGAACAACUCUGAAUGACCCACUAAGUACCUUCUGUUAGGGUCAGGGACAUAUUUCACUAAGUCCACAUUGGUAAAAAAAAAAUGUUUUCAAAUUUGGUUUAAUCAGAGCAAUAGAAGACUUGUAGAGACGUGAAUAGAAACCCCAUAGAAAUUCCAUAUUUAUUGAAAUGACUGUGACCCAUAGGUAACUUACAGUAUAAGAUUCCAGCUUUCUAACUGAUCAGCACAACGCCCAGCAACAAUCAUCCUCCAGUAUUUACCAAGUGAUUUUUUUUUCUUCUAUAACUCUAUUGUGUACAGCGUGUUUCAAUACCUAUUUAGGCACUUAUCUGCACGUGGUACCAGAUUUCUGCU